UUUCCACAACGAGUGCAUUUAAAAAAAUAAAAAUACAAUAAAAAUAAAAAAAUUGAAAGAUGCCCAAACACCAUCGUCUCUCCUUUUUCUAGGGUUUCCCAGGAGCAGCGCUCUCAACUGGCGUGCUCCCUCUUCCUCUUUCUCACUUCCUUCAUCAUUACUCAACAACCUGCUUCAAUGGCAGCACCUUGAUCCCUUCCUCUCACGACUCACGAGUCUCACCUCUCAAUUUUGCCACUUUCUCUCACCUCCCUCUACAAUGCGAGACCAGAAGCCCCCUGUAAACGAAGCACAAGCUCCCGAAACCCUAGACUCCGAUCGAAUCACAACUCUAGCGACGAAUUCCGGCGCUGAAUCCGAUGAAUUCGAAUCAGUUAUCGAUGUUUCCGGCAAGAUUUUGGAGCUUCCUCUCUCUCUCCGCGACGGGGAUGGUGGGAAUUCGGCGGAGGGGUUGUAUGUAUAUCGGAAUGUGUUUAACUUGAUGCCCAAAUCUUUGGGGGGGUUCGGGGGGAGGUUGAAGAAGCUUAAGUUUUUCGCCAAUGAGAUUAAUUUGUUUCCGGAAGAGAUAAGGGAUUUGGUGGAGCUUCAAUGUUUGCAAGUUAAGGUAUCUCCAAUUGGUCUAAUGGGUUUGCCGCUUAGCAAGUUAAAGGCUUUGAAGGAACUCGAGCUUUCGAAAGCGCCACCCAGGCGCUCCGGGUUUCCCAUUUUGGCGGAGAUUUCUGCCCUUAAGUGCUUAACUAAGCUUUCAGUUUGCCAUUUUUCUAUCAGAUACCUUCCUCCAGAAAUUGGCUGCCUUAGUAAUCUGGAGUAUUUGGAUCUGUCAUUCAAUAAGAUGAGAAGUUUACCAAAGGAAAUAAGCUCACUAGAGGCCCUCAUCUCACUAAAAGUUACUAAUAAUAAACUAGUCGAGCUACCAGUUGGAUUGUCCACUCUACAAAGAUUGGAGAAUUUAGAUUUAUCCAGGAAUAGGUUGACAUCUCUCGGAUCGUUAGAACUUAGCUCAAUGCAAAACCUUCGGAAGUUGAAUCUUCAGUACAAUAAGCUUCUCAGUUGCCAAAUACCUGCAUGGGUUUGCUGCAAUAUGGAGGGCAAUAUAAGUGACAUCUGCAGUGAUGACAUUAUCAGUUCUACUGUUGAGAUGGAUGUUUUUGAAGCAUCAAUUGAUAACGAUGGAAGCAUUUCUUGCGACGCAUCUUCAAAUCCUACGUCGUAUCAUGUACCUGGGUCUUCAUUGAUCGAUAGAUGUUUUGGUAAGCGCCGAUUAGGUAAGCGGUGGAAGAGAAGGCAGUAUUUACAGCAACGUGCUCGCCAAGAGAGAUUACAUCAUAGUAAGAAAUGGAAGCUUGAAGACCAUGGUGAUACUUUCACUAUUAAAUCAAGUGAAAAGUGCAGAACUUGCAAACAAGCUCCACUUGCUUCUGACUCUAUUUCUGAGUGUGCUUCAGACAUCACUUGUGUUGAGGAUCAGGGUAAGCAGUCACUAUAUGGGGAUGAUGAGGGUGGUGCAGAUUUUCUUGUUAGCGCUGAAGAUGAUAGUGUGAAGACUGAGGAGGGGCUUGAUCUGAAGAACUGCAAUUGUAUUGUGAGUGAGGCUGCUUCUGAAGAAGAAAAUGACACUCAUUGUGGUGAUGCUUCAUUGACUUGUGUUUGCAGUUUGGGUGAUAAGGCGGAAGAAAACUUUUCUUCGCAGGUCUCAAAAACUUCCCUCAAAUGUAAAAGGCAGUCAGAAAAACAUCUUGAUAAUCCAAAGCCCAGAAAGUCUAGGAGAUCAACUGAGGGUCAGCCUACUAUUUCUCGCAAAUAUAAUAUUACGUCUUUCUGUGGUGUAAAGGAUCAUCUACCAGAUGGGUUUUAUGAUGCUGGACGUGAUAGACCGUUCAUGUCACUAGGGGAGUAUGAGCAAAGUGUGGAAAUUCAUUCUCGUGAAGUUAUUCUACUAGACAGGGGAAGGGAUGAAGAACUGGAUGCAAUUUUGUUGUCAGCUCAAGCAAUGGUUCUUCGCUUGAAGAAGUUGACUGGCCUGAGGCUGAGAAGGGAGCUCACAGCUGAUGAUAACUUUCUUGUUGCUUCCUGGCUUGCUCUUUUUGUCUCAGAUCAUUUUGGUGGUGGUGACAGAGUUUCUUUUGUUGAAAGGAUUAGAAAAGAUGUUUCCGGUUCAAACUAUCAGAAGCCUUUUGUUUGUACUUGUGCUGUUGGAAAUAGUGAGAAUGGGAUGGUGGCCUCUAAAAAGAAUCUUCAUACUAUGGAGGAUGUUGUUUUACAAGAUAUUUGUGAGAAAUCUCUUCACACUAUCAAAACGAGACACAAUUCUGUAGUUGUCCCGUUAGGGGCUCUGCAAUUUGGUGUAUGUAGACAUAGGGCAGUUCUAAUGAAGUACCUGUGUGACCGAAUGGACCCUCCUGUUCCUUGUGAGCUAAUUCGAGGCUACCUAGAUUUCUCUCCACAUGCUUGGAAUGCAAUCCUUGUCCGAAAGGGUGGAUUAUGGGUUCGCAUGAUAGUUGAUGCUUGUCGUCCGCAUGAUAUACGGAAUGAAAUGGACCCAGAGUACUUAUGCAGAUAUAUUCCUCUUACUCGGAUUAUUUCUCCUAAACUUGCUCCUAGCAAUCCUGUGUCUACUUGUUUCCCUUCGAUCUCUGAAUGUGAAGAAAUUGAAAAAGUCGCUUCUAGUUCUCUCAUCCUAUGCAAAGUGGGAUCAGUUGAAGCUGCAGCUAAGGUGCGCACCUUGGAGGUAUCUGCAACUUCCCUGGAUGAAAUCAGGCAUUUCGAGUUUACCUGUAUAGGGGAAGUACGAAUUUUGGGUGCUCUCCGGAAACACCCCUGCAUAGUUGAGAUUUACGGGCAUAAGAUUUCUUCAGAGUGGAUACCUGCAUCAUCAUCAGAUGAAAAGCCUGAGCGUCGAAUGCUUCGUUCUGCAAUUUUAAUGGAAUAUGUUAAAGGGGGUUCUCUGAAGAAUUACAUAGAGAAGCUUUUGAAAGCUGGCGAGAAGCGUGUACCUAUUCAUCUGGCUUUAUGUAUCGCUAGAGAUGUUUCAUGUGCGUUAAAGGAGCUGCAUUCCAAGCACAUUAUUCAUCGUGACAUUAAGAGUGAGAAUAUUCUAAUUGAUUUGGAUCAAAAGAGAGCUGAUGGAUUGCCUGUUAUCAAGCUUUCUGACUUUGACAGAGCUGUUCCUCUUCGAUCCUCCUUGCAUACAUGUUGUAUUUCUCAUGUUGGUGUACCUCCGCCUGAUAUGUGUGUCGGAACACCCCGCUGGAUGGCUCCUGAGGUAUUGCAGGCGAUGCAUGAACGUAAAGCCUAUGGGUUGGAAAUUGAUAUUUGGUCCUAUGGAUGCUUGCUCUUGGAAUUGUUAACCUUGCAGAUCCCAUAUUCAGGGCUACCUGACUCAAACAUUCAUGAUCUUCUACAAAAUGGCAAGAGACCCCCUCUAAGUGACGAGAUUGAACUGUUGAGAUCUUCAGAGGAAGCUUCCAGUAAGAAAUUUGAGGGAGCAGAUGGUGAAUUGGAGGAUUUAAGAUUCUUGGUUGACCUCUUCUAUCAAUGCACAAAUGGGAAUCCUGCUCAGCGUCCUACAUCCCAAGGUCUCUAUGAUAUGCUUCUUUCAAAGACGACUGUUCCACCCAGCUAGGGAUUUAAAUGUACCUUUGUAAUCUUAAUUCAUAUUCGACAUUACAAAUUUUGUAGACCUAGGGUUUAGAAAGUUACGACGUUGUGUCCUUUCACAAAAGUUAUUUAAGUUGUAUUUCCGGAAUAAAAUUUCUUAUUUGUAAGUUGUAUUUUAUUCUUGUAACAAUUUUCAUUAUGUUUUCAUUAAUAUCAAGUUGACAGUUUUCAUAAA